AUGGUUGAUGGUUCAAGUGAUGCUAUUGCCACCAUGAAUCAGAAAACCAAUUAUGGUCCAAUGCCUUCUCCUCUUCACUCACCAGUCUCAGUAACGUGGUUCCCUCCCCUCUUUGAUGAAGAUGAUAUGCAUGAUAAAAGCCAUUUACUUAUCAUCAUUGAGAUUGUCAUGGCUGCCACAGCAUGCAUAAUUAUUUUUCUCGCCACCUUGUACAAAAUCCUAAGGUACUAUUAUUCAAGAAGAUCCUACGUUAACAGAAGAAACCCCCCAAUAUUAUUUGACAUUCGUGGAGAUUCUCCCUUUUCUGAUGAUGAGGAACAAGAACAAGAACAAGAGCAAGCCAUUAGGCACCCCGUAUGGUUCAUCCACUCCGAGGGUCUCCAACAACCAAUCAUAGACUCCAUCACAGUGUGCAAAUACAGAAAAGAUGAAGGGUUGGUGAUAGAAACUGAGUGUGUUGUUUGCCUUGGUGAGUUUCAACAUGAAGAGAGUCUCAAACUCUUGCCAAAGUGCAACCACGCUUUUCAUGUACUUUGCAUUGAUACUUGGUUGAGAUCGCACAAAACUUGUCCCUUGUGUCGUGCCCCUAUUGUUCAUGAUGGUGCUGGUGAAGACUAUGAGGCUGAUUCAAGUGUUUCUAAUAUGAACCAAGGCAUGGAAGAAAGUGUUUCUGAUAUGAAUGAAGAAGAUUCUAGUGAUGAUGGAAUUCAAGUUUUGCUUGAGGUGAGUGACCAUUAUUCUUCAAUUGUAAUUGGAUCUGAUUCUGAUGUUAGUACACAAGAAUUUGAAGAUGAAGAAGAACUCAUGAAGAGGUGUUUCUCGGUGAAUUCAUCCUCUGAUUCCAUGGUAUUUUGUGAUGCUUUGGAUUUAAAUUUGGAUGUUGGUAUUGCUAAGCAGGGUAGUGAAAGUUCAAUCGAUUACAAACUGCAUCAGAGGCAUAUCUCAAUGAGGUCCUCUUCACAUAACACAAAGUUCAUGUUUUCCAGACGUAGCAGGAGCCAGAGUUCAAUUCUUCCAUAGUGAACUAGACGCAUUGCCAUCGAGGAUAUAUUCACCUGCCAAAGUCGACCAAAAAGGAAAGAAAAAUUUGAUUCUUCUGUGAUAAUAUAUCCAAGUUUUUUGGCUUGCAUGGUAAGGAGAUAAAUAAUUGGGUUAAUUGCACAUGUUGUGAUCCAAAAUUCAUGA